AUGGCUCCUAACGGUAAACAAAACGGAAAUAUCUUCGAUACUGCUAUCGACACUGCCAAGGCAGGAAUUGAGAAUGUGCGCGAGAAGGUCAACGAAGCCACCAAGUCUGAGGAAGAGAAGGAGGCAGAGAACAAAACCACCACUGAAUGGAUCGGUGACAAGAUUACAGGCGUGCGCGAGACGCUCAGCAAGACUGAAGAACCGAAGGACAUAGAGCCAACUACCACUGACAAGCUUGCUGACAAGAUCACAGGUGUGCGUGAAGACGUACGCGAGAAGGUCCACGAAGCCACCAAGACGGAGGAACAGAAGGAAGCAGAGAAGAGCAUCACUGAAAAGAUUGGAGACAAAAUUUCAGACGUACGAGAGAAAGUGAAAGAAGCCACCAAGUCUGAGGAACAGAAGGAAUCUGAGAAGAGCACCAGUGAAAGUGAUGAUGUGCCCGAGAAAUUCAUUCAGCUGGAAUAA